AUGACUGAUAGCGACGAUGAUGCUGAUCCACAUCUGCAGGUGCUCACUCCCGAAGAAAUGCUCCAACAUGGAAUGAAGUUGAUUGGUUGGAACGAGAGGCAACUGAGGAGGAAGUCCAAGAAGCGAUGGAGGAAAUGGUGUAUCCUUUUUGCUGCAGAUUUUGGAGCGAAACCUCAUGUUGUCUGCCAGAUUUGGGAAGAUCUUCAAACAACAGCAUUGAAAGAGGCGUACUUGCACCCAAACCAACGAAAUCUUGACCAAUUUCUAUAUGCACUGCACUUUCUGAAAGCAUAUCCGACGGAGAAACAGCGACAAAACAAGUGGCAUGUCUGUGACCGCCUUUUGAGAGAUAGUGGUUGGUUUUUUGUCGAGAGAAUUGCUGCUCUGAAGGAACUGAAAAUUGUCUGGCUUAACACUGGCAAUGAUAUUUGGUGCGGAAGUGUUGAUGGGACGCAUAUAAAAUCCUGGGAGCCUACACAUGACAAAUACCCAAAGGACCCAUCUGCUUUCUCGUGGAAACAUCACUCGGCUGGUUUCAAUUGUGAGGUGGUGCUCUCAUUGAAAGAGAGCAAAAUUAUAUGGUUGAACGGCCCCUUUGAAGCCGGUACCAAUGACAUUUCCAUGUUCACUGCUCAGGGUGGCCUCUGUGAGAAGCUGAGAGAAGCUGAGAAGAUGGUCAUUGCCGAUAACGGAUACAGGGGCUAUGAUGAUGUGAUCAGUCGGCCAAAUUCAAUUGACUCUCCAGAGGUGGCAAAGUUCAAAAACCGAGCUCGAUGCCGGCAUGAGGCCGUGAACGGCAUGAUUAAGCACUACAAGUGCACUGACUCGGCUGCGUUUCAGCAUGGCAUUGAUAAAUUCGCUCUGUGCUUCGAUGCAGCGGCCGUCAUUACUCAAUAUCGAAUGGAGCUGGGGGAGCCACUAUUUGAGGUCUAG